CUCCCACGGCACCGCGGCCUCGGAGCCGCCCGCUCCGUCCCGCAGCGCCGGCGGCCGCUGGCCCAGCAUGGCGAGCUCCCCGCAGAAAUCCCCUUCUUCCCCCAAGUCCCCCACCCCCAAAUCGCCCCCCUCCAGAAAGAAGGAUGACUCCUUCCUGGGCAAGCUCGGCGGCACGCUGGCCAGGAGGAAAAAAGCCAAAGAAGUAUCUGAAUUACAGGAAGAAGGAAUGAAUGCCAUUAACUUACCUCUCAGUCCCAUUCCAUUUGAACUAGACCCUGAGGACACUAUGCUAGAGGAGAAUGAAGUCCGAACAAUGGUGGAUCCAAAUUCAAGAAAUGAUCCAAAAUUACAAGAACUGAUGAAGGUACUAAUUGACUGGAUUAAUGAUGUGUUGGUAGGAGAGAGGAUUAUUGUGAAAGACUUGGCUGAAGACCUGUAUGAUGGACAAGUAUUGCAGAAAUUAUUUGAGAAGCUUGAAAGUGAGAAGCUGAAUGUUGCAGAAGUUACUCAGUCUGAAAUUGCUCAGAAACAGAAGCUACAGACAGUGCUUGAAAAGAUCAAUGAAACCCUUAAACUGCCUCCAAGAAACAUUAAGUGGAAUGUUGACUCUGUUCAUGCUAAAAGUCUCGUAGCCAUACUUCAUCUUCUGGUUGCAUUAUCCCAGUAUUUCCGAGCACCAAUCCGACUCCCUGACCAUGUGUCCAUUCAGGUGGUUGUUGUGCAGAAACGAGAAGGAAUCCUCCAGUCUCGACAAAUCCAAGAGGAAAUAACUGGUAACACUGAGGCAUUAUCAGGAAGGCAUGAAAGAGAUGCAUUCGACACUUUAUUUGACCAUGCCCCAGACAAGCUGAAUGUAGUGAAAAAGACUCUCAUCACCUUUGUGAACAAGCAUCUGAAUAAAUUGAAUUUGGAGGUGACUGAACUGGACACACAGUUUGCAGAUGGAGUGUACUUAGUCCUGCUGAUGGGUCUCCUGGAAGGAUAUUUUGUUCCCCUGCACAGCUUUUUCUUGACUCCUGAUAGUUUUGAACAAAAGGUGGUCAAUGUGUCUUUUGCAUUCGAGCUCAUGCAGGAUGGUGGAUUGGAAAAACCAAAGCCAAGACCAGAAGAUAUUGUAAAUUGUGACUUGAAGUCUACACUGAGAGUACUGUACAAUUUGUUUUCCAAAUACAGGAACGUGGAGUGAAGAAUUGAUUUAGGUCACAAAGGAGUGUAAACAAAGAAAACAUCAUAACUAGCAUUUCUUUCUUCAGUAUUCCUCUGCAUCUCUAUCCUAAAAGGAACUAAACCAUUUACCUGAAGAAUUUUUGAUUAUUAGUUGAUUAUUCUGGCACUACUAUUUUCAUAGUAGAUUAAAAACUAAUAUAAAGAAAAAAGGGUUUGGAGGAAGGUGUCUGGCUAUAUUCUGGGAGAAUUCAUGGCUCAGCUGUCUUCACACUGUUUUUAAUAGGUGAAGCAACAAUGAGAAAAUAUUUAGUAAGUUUAAUUCAAAUCAGCCUCUGGGGCCAAGCAUAGGAAUAUUCUGUACUGAGUACUUCAUUAUGUUUUACAUGUAUCUUUUUUUAAUCUGGGAAGGGGAAGAAUAUUUUCUAUGCAUGAUAAGACAGUUCCAUUCUAAUUGUGAGGCAUGCGCAUGGGGAGAAACAGUUAAAUACACUCAAAAAGAAGGAACUUCACCUGGUGAAUAUUUAGUUCCAGUGCUAUCAUUAGGCUUUAAUUUUAUGGGUACAAACUGAAGGGGCUACUCAUUCUUUCAGAGUUAUUUAAUGGGAUACUCUGCUUCAAUAUCUGCUAAUGAGCAUUCCACAGAACCACACUUUGCAGCUUGUCACUUUUUUUUUUGUUCAAGGCAGAGAUUUUUUUUUGCAAAGAACACUUUUCAGGAAGACACACCUGUAUAAUAUAGCUUUUCUAUAAUAUUUUUAUUAUUACAUAAUAUUAGAAAGUAGAAGAAUAACUUGUUUUUACUAUGGCAGUUUAAUCACAAGAUUAUCAGAUUGUGAGUUUAGAUUGAUUGAUAAAUAGAAUUUAGAAUUGUCCCUUUGGUUGAUUUGGUGAUGAAUGUAUGUUGCUGCAUAAUGUUCAACACAAAAAAAUAAGAUUAAUUUUCUAGAAAUUGUCAAUGGUCACCUGCUGAUGCUUAGUAGUGAAGUGUAAGGUGAUACUGACUUCUGCUGGGGGGGGCUAUGAAAUUAUUUUUCUGAGAAAUAAUAUGAACUUUUCAAGGGAAGGUCAAUAUUCAGUUCAAAGGACACUACCUGGAUGUUCUCUGAUGUCAGAAUUUACCUGGUUGUAAUAAGCACUCUAAAUGUCUUUAUUGAAAUAUUUUCUUACCUAUGUGUUUUUAACCGAGUUUCUGAAAUUAGAGGUACAGAAAGCAGCAGUUAUUUGCCCUUUACAGGCAGAAACAGCUGGACAUUUUGACCUCAAUGAAAAUGAACAUUUUCAUUAUAUCUUUAAUGUCUGAGAAGCUAAACAAUAGGAAUUGAGCAAACUGAGGCAGAACUUCUCUUGUAUAUAUCAGCAGCAAUUUCAGCUAAUUUUGAUGCUUAAUGUGCAAUUUGCACACCUAGUAGUAAUUGUAACAGCUAAUUAAGAAACAAAUGAUGUUUUUUUUCUGCAAACCAUACUCAGCUGCAACACUUUUACAUUUCACAAGUGCUGAAAGGUUUUGAUUGCCUUUGUUUUCAGGAGUGCACUUUCUUCAAAGAGGAGAUUUAUAUGUGUAAAGUGAACAGUAAAACUGUUUUCUUUGCCUGGACUUGCAAAUAAGUAUUUCUUGUGCUAUAUUGGUGUAACACUAUUGGAGAUUUAUCUGUCAGACUCCAUUUCCAUCCUUAUAAAACAUACAACUGAGACAGAAUUAUUAAAUCCUCAUGCUGAAAUGCAAUUAUGCAGAACCAUAGAAACACUUAAACAAUGUCCAACCUUUUCACAAUUAUCUAUGCUAUGGUAAGAAUCUUUGUAAAUUAAAAUCUGCUAUAUAAACAACAGUAUCCUAUGUAAAUACAGAUCCAUAUGGUAGUUUUAACACACACAAAUAGUAUAUGCUGCCAUGUAGGAGUGGGUCACUGCUUAUAUUUUUGACAGUGUAGAUUUAAAUAGCUAUCAGAUAAAUACAAAAUUUAAUAUAGAUAUUAUAUCUAAUAUUUAUUGCUUUGAUUCAGAAUACUAGAGAAAGAUAUAACACUACUGUAGACAGCUUGCUUUUCAGCAGUUGGUGUAGGCCAGCCCUUUCCUUUGGGGAGGGAGAAGUUACCUGGGCCAAAUUCUGCCACACCUGCUCUUGAUACACAGCAGUGCACCCUGAGGUACUGCUGAGAGCAGAAUUCUCCCCACUGUUUACAUCAGGACAGAAGUUGUUUAAAUGUUAGUCAACCCCAGGUUUAUUUGUAAUUACUUUAAAUGAUGGAGAGGACCCAAAUGGAUUGAUUGAGCUGGUGUAAGACACGAGCAGCCACCUGGAGAGACCAGUUCCUCCCAGACAGAGCCUCUCCAGCUGCUGGCUCAGCACCUGGGAUGCUGAAUCCAGGCAGGGUGAGUCCAAGGCACUGCCUCAGGAUCUCGUGGUGGCAUUUGGAGCCCACCCACCACACCACUGUGCCUGUCUGCUGUGCUGUGUCCCACCAAGGCAGCUGAGCCCACCAAAAAGUGGCCAAUUCUUGCCCUGCCUUGACAGCAAACGAGCAAAGAUUGCUGCUGCUGGGGCGUGUGAAACCGCCAAAAGAACCACAGAAGUUUUCUGUGAUUUCUGAUUCUUCCAUUGCAUCCAGCAGGGUGGUACCUAGGUUUCUUCUGUGGUGGAUCCUGGCACGCUCUUUCAACCACACAAAACUUAUUGUUUGGGUUUUUUUAAAGGGGAGCUGAUUUUUCACAGCGUGUCAAUAAGGUGGUGUCAGAAUAAUUAUCUAAAAUCCUAAUAUCUUGAGGGCAGCUCCUUUCAGAUUUCUUUCUCAGCUGACUGGCUGUUAUUUGCCAUAAAGAGCAAGUUCUCUAAAAAGGAACCUUUGCAUGAUUUUACCCAAGACAGACUCAUAAACCCAGAAUUGGAUUGCUCUGUAUUUCUGAUGGGGUCUGGACCAACCAAGUUUCCUAUUGAAUGAGCUGACUGCAGAAUAUCCAGUUCUUUCCCAUUUCCUAGUCAGGAGUAUCUCCAUGUUCCAGAGGGUAGCAGCCCUUGCAGCUCCAUGGCUCAGGAAUUCCAGUGGAGCAGCCGGGGCUGGAUGAGGUCCUAAUGUGCUUCAGUAAAUCGUGGAGCAAGGGGCAGGAAAUCAGCAGAGCCUCUGUUCUACCAAGGUUGCAGUGCUGGGGGGUGCUGCAUUCAGGCAGACCAUGAUGAUUGAGGUAAAUGCUACUUGGUUGACUUCUGUUCUUGCUUUUUAUCCUGGAAGUACGGUUUUAAAUUCAGGUUUCAGAUUAUUUCAGCAGACACCUCACUGCAAGGCACAGUGUUGUAAAGCAGACUGGCUUUUAGAAGUUUAUUUCAUUAGAGAAAGAUAUAUGUGGGAUUUAAUAUACUAGGUGCCAGCCUUAGUCUAGUUUUUGUUGUUCUUUUCUUCUCAAAACAGCCUUCUUGAAUGGCCAAGCAUCCAAAGAGACAGCAGUGCCUUGAAGACCUCUUGCAAGAUUUUUACACUGUUACCUACUAGACUUCUGUCAUUUUAUUUUAAGAAUUAGUGUGGGUUUAUUCUUUACAAAGUACAAUUACAGGGUGAAGAAAUCCUUUGUAAAAAGUUGCAAUUAGUGUGCAUUAAUCUUUUUUAUUUUGAUUUGUCACCUGAAAAAUUGAGAUAGCAUCACCAAAUUUUUAAAAUUAGGCAUACCUCGGUAUCCACAGAUUUUCCAAAGAGGUUUUGAGUCAUUCAACAUUUACAAGGGCUAAUUUUGAAAAUAUUUUGUGUGAAUUUCUUUCUGCAAUAAUGAGAUUCUCUUUUCUAACAGUUUGAUACCAUGCAUUCCUCAACAGUGCUAGUCAUUUAAACAUUUGGUCCUCAUUUUCAAUGUCAAACUGAAACAAAAGAAUAUAUUCAAAAUUUGCUAAACAUGUAUCUGAAAAUAAUUUUUAAAGUUAAGCUGCAUUGCCUUCAAGUGCAGAGUUAGUAGCUUUCACAGAAUAUAUGUACUCUGUAAGUAAAGGACACACUGUUGCUGGUUUUUUUUUUCCCUGUGCUUUUUCUGAAACCUUUUGUUAUGAUCCACAAUAAAAUUUGCACCUGAAAAUCAA